AUAAGUAAAAUGAGAGACUAGAGGUCACUGGAGAUGUCUGCUGUCGAGAGAAGAGAAGCUCCAGAGCCUCACUGGGAAAACAGACCUUCCAGAAAUCAGGAUUUCAAGCAUCCCCGGAGGCUUCUGGCGCAGCCCAGGCAUCCCAUCAGCACGAGCACCUGGCUGCCUGACGGCUCCCGCUCUGCACACCACGCUCACAGGAACCCCAUUUAUGUGUCUUUUGUCAGCAAGGCCAUCUUGUGGGAUAGAGGACUCUGCCACUACACAGCCCCCGAUCGUCCAACUCAUCGUCCCUUAUUUUGUCAACGGUUCUUAUCUCACAUGAAAACUCGUCCUGAGGACCUCAGACCUCCUUGUUUCCUGAGCUCCAAGUCCAGACCACAGCCUCCAUCUAAGGGGAAGACGCCAAAAACCCACACUCUGACUACCCCAAAGACACAAACACUGGAGGGUCACUUUCAUCUCAAUCUGGACAGAAGAAGAGAGGGUGUGCAGAUCACAGCGAGGCGCUCCGCUGUUGUUGUCCCCUGUCCUCCACUCCCUGCUGCUUCACCAUCAUCCACCAUUAAUCCAACACCUCCCAACCAAAACAACCUCCACCCCGACUCUGCGAGACAACAAAGCAGGCCGAACACUGCGCCAGUGUCUCCCUCCCGCCCUCAUCCUGCUCCAAAGGAAGAAGAUGAAGUUCACGAGAGGGAGGGAGCACCACAACCUGCUGUGGUGUCCAUCACAGAGUCCGACUGGAAGCUGCAGCUUGACCCUGCUGGACCAGAAGGCUCACCACCGCCGACCUCCACUCUCUCACACGGGUCUCUCUCAGACUUAAGUCGUCCACCGUCCAGCCUGUUCAGUCGCAGCACUGACCUCGCCAGUGGCCGGAGCAGCGUCCUGUCUGCGGCAGAUAUCGGGAGCUCAGACCCAGAAGACAGCGUUUGUCUCUCGCCGCUCCAGCUUUGUCCUGUGAUGAAGACACCUGUGGCUUUUUCCCCUCCAGCAAUAUCCAACCCUCUCCAAUCAUCCACGAAUGCUACGGCCACCCCUCCACUCUGUAAACCUCUGUUUGGCCAAACCAAACCCCUCUCACCUCGCCCAGCGUCAGCCGUCUUCCCUCAAUUAGUGAAACCCCUGAGCAGGCAUCAGAGCGCCAAAACAACAGAGAAUCUCCACCUAGAUGUAUCUGCUGAUCCUGGUCUCCACCCACCCUUGGACUCCGAUCGUGGCCUCGUCACCCUGGCGUUCCCCUCCACUACUUGGUCUUCCUGCCCGAGUCCACAGAGCAGCACUCGCCGCCCAGGCUCAGGACCAAAGCUGACCCCCUCUGCAUCAGAUCGGCUGGAGUCUCAUCAUUGGCCUGUCCUGCCUCCUAUCUCCCCUGUCAGAGGCCGCUGUGGCACAGCGGCGUCUCGCUGCUCGGAGCUCAGCUGCAGUCAGUCUCAUGUGUUUGAUGAACUGGAGGCCAUCGCCCCUCGAUCCGCUUCCUGUCCGUCUCUGGAUGAGCCAUCAGACUCAUCUGGUAGCCCUUCACCCGACACAGAGCUGUCUCCUGGCUUGGCAGUGCUGACUGUGGGCUGUGACUCAGGGAAUUUGGGCUCCCUGUCCCGCGUCCAGCUGCUCCUCCUUGACCGACUGGAGCCUGACAUCCUGCCGAGUCCCUUCGAUCAGGACGAGGAGCUCUCACUACAACACGACUGGUCUGAUCUGAGGAUGCAGUAUGAUCCAGGAUUGACUCCAGCAGGUGUUCUGAGGCCCCUCACAGCUGGCAGCGUCUCUGAAAGGUGCGACUCCGCAGGGAAAGUCCAGGAGAACAAAUCAGAUCAGUCUGAAGGUUCCGAAUCACCAUCUUCAUGGAUCAUAGACCAGAGUCCGUCAUACAACAUGUUCAAAUCUGCUAACUCUCCCUGCGUGUCCAAUCAAGGCUCCAGCACAGAUGAAGGGGGCCCCACUGAAGAGGAGGCCAAUUAUCCAGGAUGGAGGGACCAUGUCGAGUCCUCAGCUGGAGGAAGGAGGCCCGGGAGUGACAGAACUGCAGAGAAGGACAGAGAGAUGGAGGAGAGAAAAACGAAGGUGCUGAACCUGCUUUCCAAACUGCAGGACGACACGCCUCAUCAGCCGAGUAACAGCAAAGGUUGCUCCAACUUCGAUGACUAUUGUAAGUGCGUUGAGUACACAGUGACACUGAUGUCAAGUAGCGGUGGUCUCCUUUGUGUUUCCACACAGCGGCAGCAAGUGCCUGUUAACCAGCGGCCGAGUGCGAUGUGA